UUAUCUUUUACUAACUUUAUUAUUUAAAAUCUAUCUUUUUUUCUCUUUCUUUCUUUCUUACUUUAUUUAUUUAAAAUGAUAGAACGUCGAGUGAAUAGCUUACGUUGGUCUCGAACUUUGGGUAGAAUUCAAAACAAUAAUUCACCCUAUAAUACACUUAGUGAUACACAUCCGUCUGAUAAUUGGAAACAAUCAUGGCCUGCACAACAAGGUGAAUUAAAUGCAGUGCCAAGAACAAGAAAUAAUUCACUUAUUCCAGUAGAACUCAUGAUGAAUAAUAGUGGAGAAGGUGGUAGAGAAUGUGUUGCGUUAGCAACCAUAUUUGGUGUACCUGAAUACAUAUGACUCUAAAGUCUUUUGGGAAAGACAACGUGAUGAAUCAAAAAAUAAGCCAGUCCAACAACAUCCUAUUAUUAUUUCUGUUAAUCAUGAAUUAGACCCAAAUCAAACGUUAUCAAAACUUGAUAUUGAACACAACGAAAUUCGAUCUAAAUUGUUUAUUUCGUCCUAUAUGGGCUCUGUAGAUUCUAAUGAUCCUUUUAAAGACUCCAUCCUUUAUAUAUUAAUUUAGCAAGACGAUAUGAAAACUGUAUAUUUUAUUGUAUUUUAUUUUAUUUUUUAUUUAUUUUUUUUUAUUUUAUUUUUUUUAUUUUAUUUUUUUUUAUUUUAUUUUUUUUUAUUUUAUUUUUUUUU